UUUGGGAAAAGUCGGACCCAACCCGACCCUGCAGCACUAAUUGUAUGCUCUUCAACUGCCUUGUAUAUAUCUAGCAGAAUGAUGUCUUCCACCUUAACGAACCUCCUGUGCCCUCCACUCUCCUCCCAAAAAGCUCAAACCAAACACCAGAAUGCUUGGAAUUCCAUCCUCAAGUACCACCUCAAGCUCAAGAAUGAUAGAGGAAUCCUCGCAACAUUCGCUGAAAUGGAAGCUUCGGGCGUUGCCCCCGAUCGACUCACACUGCCGCUCGUUCUUAAGGCGUGCACAAGGCUACACGACGUCAAACUUGGCAAAAGUAUUCAUUCUCAUAUCAGUGGCACCGACUUGAUCGAAGAUGUCCGGGUUAGGACAGCACUUAUUGAUUUUUACUGCAAAUGUGGGUUCCUGGAUGAUGCGUAUGAGCUGUUUGAAGAAAUGACCCAAGGAGACUUGGCAUCUUGGAAUGCCAUGAUUUCUGGGCAUGUUAAAAAUUUGCAAUAUAGAGAUUCUAUUUUGCUGUUUUCUAGAAUGAGAAGAGCUGGUUUUGAUCCCAAUUCAGUGACCCUGGUUAGUCUCCUUUCUGCUUGCACCAAGUUGUCCUACUUAAGACUUGGGAAAGAGAUACAUUGCUAUUGUUUGAGAAGAGGGUUUUUUGAAUCAGAGCCACAUGUGGGGACUUCAUUGAUUGGGUUCUAUUCGGGGUUUGACAUAAGGUGGUCACGGUCUGUAUUUGAUUUGAUGGUGUUAAGGAAUACAGUGACUUGGAAUGCAAUCAUAUAUGGGUAUUUUCAGGUGGGAGGUGUUGAUGAAGCUUUGAAAGUUUUUGUCCAGAUGCUAGUAGACAAUGUAUCUCCAGACUCUGUGACAUUGUUGGCUGCUUUGCAAUCUUGUGUGGAGUUUGGAUGUUUCGAGUUGGGAAAGCAAAUUCAUCAGUUCUCUGUCAAGUAUGGGUUUUCAUCCGAUAAAUUUGUAGCAAAUGCAUUGAUUGAUAUGUAUGGUAAAUGUGCAAACUCAGAAUCAUCAACUUUGGCUUUUGAAAAGAUGCUCAUAAAAGAUCUGGCGGCAUGGAAUGCCAUGAUCUCUGCAUAUAAAAAUUGCAUGCUAUAUGACAAAGCAUUCAACUUGUUUAAAAAGAUGCAAUUGGAGGACAUAAAAGGAAAUUCAAUCACCAUUGCUACAAUGCUAUCUAUAUGUGCUCACUCUGGUGAGUUAGAGAAAGGUAAACAGCUUCAUGCCUAUGCCCUGAAAACUGGAAAGAAGGGUGAUGUUGCCAUUGAAGGUGCAUUACUGAGCAUGUAUGCAGAGUUAGAUUGUAUGGUAUCUUCUCUUCAGAUUUUUCAUGGAAUGGACAAGUUAGAUGUGGUUCUUUGGAACAUAUUAUUUGCAGGUUUGAUUCGUAAUCAAUUGACAAGCCAGGCUUGGAGUUUCUUUAGACAAAUGCAGCAAAUGGGAACUAAACCCAACUCAUUUACCAUGGUCUCUCUUCUUGCAGGAUGCAGAGACAAAUUAUCUUUGAAUGUCGGCAGAUCAAUCCAUGGUUACGUAACGCGACAUGGCCUUGAUGUCAAUUCAUCAUUGAGCACUGCACUGACCAAUAUGUACAUGGACUGUGGAUAUGAAUCAGCUGCACUCCAUAUAUUUUGGAGGUCCUCUGAUAGAGAUUUAGUCUCUUGGAAUGCUAUGAUUGCGAGCUACAUUCGCAGUGGAAAACCAAAUGAAGCCCUUUUACUCUUUUACCUCAUGCACUCAGAGGUGAAACCCAACUCAGCCACACUGAUUAAUGUUCUUCCAUCAUGUACACAUAUGGCAAAUCUACCACAAGGUAGAUGCUUGCAUGCAUACAUUCUCAGAAGGGAACUUGGUUUGGCUAUAGACGUUCCUUUGGGAAAUGCUCUUCUAACUAUGUAUGCAAGAUGUGGGAGCAUAAGCGAUGCUGAGAAGGUAUUCGAAAACCUACCAGAAAGAGAUAUUGUAUCUUGGAAUGCUAUGAUUGCUGCAUAUGGAAUUCAUGGGCGUGGUGAAGAUGCAAUUCAUAUAUUUUACCAAAUGCUAGAUGCUGGUGAGAGACCAACAAGUGUGACAUUUAUUUCUGUUUUAUCUGCUUGCAGCCACUCUGGUCUGGUUGAGAAAGGAUGGGAAGUUUUUCAUUCCAUGACCAGGGACUUCCAUAUAACACCCAAGGUUGUUCAUUACUCAUGCAUGGUAGAUCUACUUGGCCGUGCAGGCAGCCUGGAUAAAGCUCGUGAUCUGAUUCGCUCAAUGCCUAUGGAACCAGAUCCUAGUGUAUGGAGAGCUCUUCUGAGUGCUUGCCAAGUGUUUUCUAACAUUGAACUGGCAAAAAUAAUUGCUGGAAAACUCAUUGAACUAGAACCAUGGAAUAUUGCAAACUACAUUCUUCUUUCCAAUAUUUAUGCUGCAGCUGGGAAUUGGGAAGAUGUCAAAGCUUUAAGAGCACUGAUCAAGGAGAAGGGUUUCAGAAAGACUCCAGGAAACAGUUGGAUGGCUAUUAGGAACCAAGUCAACUCUUUUACUGCAGGGGACAAGUUACACCCUUGGCUCAGUAUUAGCUACACAAGACUGAAUUGGCUCUUAGAUGGGCUAAACAAAGAUUAUAUUUUCCUGAAUCAAGUUUGGUCUUACAUGAUGUGGAGGAUGGGGAAAAAGCCAACCUUUCUGCCAGAGUUAGAAACUAACAGUUGCUUUUAUCUCUGGAAAACAAGCCUGCAGAUAGUAAUUACUAUAUGUCUUAUUAUAUGUGGAGAGUGCCACUUGUUCAGCAAGUUUGCUUCUGAUUUUCAUUGCAGCAUCUUGGCUGUGAAGAUUUUGAAGUAUUUGUGUGUUCAAGUUAUCAAAUGUCCAAAGCUAGGCGUCGGUCAUAGCUUGACUUUGUGUUUCAAAAACACCCAAUAAUUUCAUUUAUUUGAGGUGUACUAGAGCGUGCUAGUGAAUCGCACUACAUCAUCAGCAUUCAGCACUAGUUGAGGUUGGGCCACUUUAGCUUGGAGAGGUGCUUUUGGGAUUAUCUAUAUGUAUAGAGUGUUGUGUGUACAUUGUAAGACUUAAUGUAGCGUACUUUGAAGUUGAAUAUAAGAUGUUUUGAAUGAUAUUGAAAAGAGUAAAGUGUUAUGCAUAUCUUUGAGAUAAAUAAGAUUACAUUUUUUUUCUUACAGAUUGAGAUAUAAUGAUCUGAAUUAUAGCAAGUUAUGCUAGACAGACAGGGUUUACUAGUAGUUUGUGAUCUCAAGCACAAAAUGCUAGCAAAAUUCUGCUCGACUAUCAUACUCUUGCUCAGUCUAGGGGGAGGGGUGUGACAGAAACUCUAUUU